ACUGACACAGUGUCGGGCAGACUGUAGACCGGAGCCGAUCCUGUGCCGGAGGAGUACGGUACGUUUUUUUUUUUUGUGGAUUUCAACCGGAGAAGCCGAGUUUGUCGUUAAAUUUGGGGAUUUUUCCCCCCACAUUGCUCCAUGAGCUCGGCGCGGUGAGACAGCGGAGGGACGCAGCAGUGAAAUCCCGGUGGAAGAAGCUGCUUUCAGCCCGCAAAGAAACACCAACAAAGAGCGUUCAAGGAAGUAGCCUGCUGCCUGUCGAGGUAACGCAAGUUAGUUCAGCAACAAACACAACGCAGCGGCGGGUAUUUUGGUCACCAUGGUUCACCACAGGCUCCUACGUGCCGUCUGGACUUUAUCGUUUUUUGUUUUGUUUGUAAACGUUGGAAUUUUCCGCGUAAACGGGCAGUACGGCGGCGGCGACCGAGGAAUGUCUAUACCGGAGCACGGAUUUUGCCAGCCCAUUUCCAUCCCGCUGUGUACGGACAUCGCGUACAACGAGACCAUCAUGCCGAACCUGCUCGGACACACCAACCAGGAGGACGCGGGGCUGGAGGUGCACCAGUUCUACCCGCUGGUCAAAGUGCAGUGCUCCCCGGAUUUAAAGUUCUUCCUGUGCUCCAUGUAUGCGCCCGUGUGCACGGUGCUCGAGCAGGCGCUGCCCCCGUGCCGCUCUCUGUGCGAGCGCGCGCGACAGGGCUGCGAGGCGCUCAUGAACAAGUUCGGCUUCCAGUGGCCCGACAGCCUGGCGUGCGAGACCUUCCCGGUGCACGGCGCCGGAGAGCUGUGCGUCGGCCAAAAUAUGUCGGACCGUACCGAGCCGGACAGCCCCAGCGCGUACCCCACCGAGCGGCCGCUUCCAGACUACGUGAACGGUCAGUUCAGGUGCCCGGCCUCGCUCAGGGUGCCUCCCUACCUCAACUACCGCUUCCUCGGCCAGGAGAACUGCGGCGCUCCGUGCGAGCCUAAGAGGUCUCAUGGGAUGAUGUACUUCAGCGAGGAGGAGCUCAAGUUCGCCAGGAUCUGGAUCGGCAUCUGGUCUGUGUUGUGUUGUGCUUCUACUUUAUUCACCGUGCUGACCUACCUGGUGGACAUGAAGCGCUUCAGCUAUCCGGAGAGGCCCAUUGUCUUCCUCUCUGGCUGCUACACCAUGGUGUCUAUCGCCUACAUCGCUGGAUUUUUGCUGGAGGACCGGGUGGUUUGUAAUGACAGGUUUGACAAUGACAUCAGAACUGUGGUGCAGGGCACUAAAAAAGAGGGCUGCACCAUCCUCUUCAUGAUGCUGUACUUCUUCAGCAUGGCCAGCUCAAUCUGGUGGGUCAUCCUGGCGCUCACCUGGUUCCUGGCAGCGGGGAUGAAAUGGGGCCACGAAGCCAUUGAGGCGAACUCUCAGUACUUCCACCUGGCGGCUUGGGCCGUCCCUGCCAUCAAGACCAUCACUAUUCUCGCUGUGGGACAGGUGGAUGGAGAUGUUUUGAGUGGCGUCUGCUUCGUGGGCAUCAACAGCGUGGACGCCCUUCGAGGUUUCGUCCUGGCGCCGCUGUUUGUCUACCUUUUCAUCGGGACCUCCUUCCUCUUGGCGGGCUUUGUGUCUUUGUUUCGCAUCCGUACCAUCAUGAAGCAUGACGGCACCAAGACGGAGAAGCUGGAGAAGCUGAUGGUGCGGAUAGGGAUCUUCAGCGUGCUGUACACGGUGCCCGCCACCAUCGUAAUCGCGUGCUACUUCUACGAGCAGGCCUUCAGGGAGCAGUGGGAGAGGACGUGGAUCAGCCAGACGUGUAAAACGUACGCGGUGCCGUGUCCGAUCCAGAACCACCCCAACAUGAGCCCAGACUUCACCGUCUUUAUGAUAAAGUAUCUCAUGACUCUUAUUGUCGGCAUCACCUCCGGCUUCUGGAUCUGGUCUGGGAAGACCCUCAACUCGUGGAGGAGGUUUUACACAAGACUGGCCAACAGUAAACAGGGGGAGACCACAGUGUAAUGUGGACUAACCCCGUCCCCUCACACAGACUUCUUAGUGACAAACUGAAUGAUAAUCCACUUCAUUACUUUUGAUUUUUUUCUUGGACUUACAGAAGAUACUUGGUAUGUUUUUUAAUGUACAUAUACAUUUGUGAGA